GAAUAUAAACUUCUAUGAUCUUUGUUCUAACCUUAACCUUUCAAAUUUAAUUUAGCAGGCGUGCUUAAUAACAAGAAUAUCUUAAGUUUUUCUACUUUCAAAAAACAAUGGAGAAUAUUCUAGAAAAACUUCUAGUGUCCGAUAGCAAAUCUGUGCAGGAAGGUACCGCUGAAUUGAAGAAAGCUUUCUUAGACCCCAAAUGUAUAAUUGCAUUAUGUGACAUAUUGGUCAGCAGUCAAAGAGCAGACAUUCGUCAUAUUACAGUUGUUCUACUGAGAAGAAAAUUUUCGAAAAAACGAAUAUGGGCUAAGCUACCUCCUGAUAUGAAAUCACUAAUAAAACAGGGAAUGAUAUCAGCUCUAAUGAAUGAAGCAGAUCUAUCUGUAAAAACUGGUAUUGCUCAGCUGUUGGGUCAAUUAGGAAAAUACGAACUUGCUGACAACUCUUGGCCAGAAUUCCUACAAUUUAUUUUUACUUUAUGCAGCAGCGAUAAUUUAUCAGAUAGAGAACUUGGAAUGUAUACCCUUUCGAUAACAACAGAGAUUUCCCAUGGUUCAUAUAUCAAGCAUUUCGAUUCAUUAGCUGCAUUAUUUUCAAAUACUUUAAAUUCAAUUGAGGAAUUCUCUUCAAACUUAGCUUAUAAUACCCUUAAAACAAUGAAGCAUCUUGUACCUACAAUUUCUGGUCAUCAGCAAAUGAUUAAUGUUUAUCAUGAACUACUACCACGUAUGUUAGAGAUUAUGAAAGCAUUUGCUUUUAUUGAUGAGCAAAAGGGUACAGAUGCUUUAGGAAUAUUAGAGGAAUUGAUUGAUGAUGCAGUGGUAGUGGUUGUGCCACACAUAAGGAGUGUUAUUGAGAUGUGCCUUAGACUUUCUUGCAAUAGUGCUGUGCCUCAAGGUAUACAGGUUAAAGCUAUAUGUAUUGUGGGAUGGCUGGUUAAAGCCAAAGGAAAGGUCCUGGUCAAACAACAAUUGGUGAAACCUAUUCUCGACGUUUUAAUGGAUCUAAUGUCUUCUGUACCAGGUGAUGAAAACGAAGAAUAUUUUGCUGGAGAUUCUGACCAAUUAACACCAGUUACUGUAGCAACGCAGACCUUAGAUUUGAUAGCACUGAAUAUACCAGCAGAUAAAGUAGUUUAUUAUAUACUAGAAAAGAUUGAACCAGAUAUUCAAGGCACAAAUGCUUAUCGUAAGAAAGCCGCAUAUCUGUGUUUGGCUGUUUUAGCUGAGGGAUGCUCUGAGUGUAUUAGAAAUAAAUAUUUGGAAGCUUUCAUUAAUUGUGUCUGUGAUGCAAUAAAAGAUAACAAUACCAUAGUGAAAAAUGCAGCGUUUUUUGCACUGGGUCAGUUUUCAGAACAUUUACAGCCAGAAGUAAGUAUGUAUGCUGAAAAAUUACUUCCUUUAUUGUUUGAAUUCCUGAAUCAUGUUUAUAAUGAAAUGGAAAAAGAAAAGACUGAAUCAAAAUGUUUGGAUAGACUUUUUUAUGCUAUUGGAACAUUCUGUGAAAAUUUAGAUGAAGCUUUAAUGCCCUAUUUACCGGUAUUGAUGGAAAAACUAAUCCAGGGGUUGAACCCCCAGGGAUGGUCAAUGGAACUCAAGAAAUCAUGUUUCACAACACUCGAAGCCGUUGUUACUGCUGUGAAAGUUGGGAUAAUGCCUUAUUUCUCUAGAAUAAUCGAAAUAUUGAACAUAUACAUCAACUCACCCCCAGGUUCAAUUAAUUAUGAUCUUCGAAGUUAUGCACUGGAUUCUUUAGCUGUUAUUGCAGAAGGUGUGGGCGAAGAGCACUUUAGACCUUUAGUGCAAGACACUUUACAAAUGGCACUAAAAUUAAUUGACACAUCUGAUCCAGAUGUGAGGAGAGCUGUUUUUGCUUUAUUUGGGGCUUUGUCUUGUCUAAUGAAAGAAGAUAUUGUUAUGGUAUUACCUAAAAUCAUUCAAGAGCUGGUUGUCACAUUACAAAAUAGUGAUGGCAUAGUGACAUACUAUGAUGAUGAAGAUAAAAAAUUGGAUUGUGAUAUUUUUGCACAAAAUAGCGAUUCCGAGGAAAAUUCAGAUGAAGAAGACAUUAGCUCAAAUGAUAGUGAAGAUUUAGGACAAUGUAAUUUUUCUGUUGAAAAUCCAUACAUCGAUGAAAAAGAGCAGGCUUGUUUAACAUUAAAAGAGAUUUGUUCCCAUACAAAUAAAGGAUUUUUACCAUACAUAGAAAAAUGUUUUGAAGAAAUCUUCAAAUUGACAGAUUAUCCCAGGGACCACAUACGUAAAGCUGCAAUAGAAACAAUUUUACAAUUUUGUAUUACCUUACACAAAAUUGAUAUCCAUGAAACAAAGCAGGCACUAUAUAAAGUUUUGCAAUUGUUUAUUCCAAAAUGUGCAGAAAUAAUAAGAUCCGAUGAAGAAAAAGGAGUUGUCAUAACUGGAUUAGACGCCUUUGCUGAUUUAUUGGAAGAGAUUAAAGGUGAAGCAUUUGUAGGAGAAGGCCAUCGGGAAGCUAUAAUGAACUGCGUUAUAGAUAUUCUGACUCAUAAGACAAUUUGUCAAGAUAAUGAUUUGAAUGUCAUCAGCAGUUUUGAAAAUAUUGAGGACACUACAGAUGCUGAAAAAGAUGAAAUAUUACUGGAAUCUGCUUGUGAUAUUAUUCCGAAAUAUGGAAAAGCUAUAAAUCCAGAUGAUUUUGUUCUCUAUUUCCCUAAUAUUCUUCAUCUUCUUUCUUUGAGAACAAUGAAGCAACAAAGUUUAUCUCAAAGAUCUUUUUCGUUUGGAACUCUUGCAGAAUGUAUGUCAUGCUUGGGCGUGUUUAUAGAAAAAUUUGUUGCUCAGCUGAUGCAACUUUGGUUGGUUGGAAUGAAAGACAAUUCGGAAGAAGUUAGAAAUAAUGCUGUUUAUGGGCUUGGUGAAAUGAUUUUACAUGGAAAAGAUGCAACAUUCAGUUAUUUUCCAGAUAUUCUGCAAGCUCUUUCUUCUUCUAUUAACAAGGAAUGUCAUGAAGGCACUUUGGAUAAUAUUUGUGGUGCUAUUGCCAAAAUAAUUAUAGUUAAUUCUAAUGGAAUUCCCUUAGAUCAAGUGCUGCCUGUUUUCUUAGAUCGUUUACCUCUGAGAACAGAUUUUGAAGAAAAUGAAGCUGUUGUUAAAUCUUUAUUUGUACUUUACCAGAAUGGAUCAGACGUAUUGAAAAUUAAUAUCAAAAAAGUUUUACGAAUCCUAGUACAUAUUUUUCUUAAUAAUGAAUCUCCUAAUGAAGAUACCAAAGUGAUGUUGUCAAAUCUUCUCAAGUCAAUCCGUGAAUUUUUUUCCACUGAGUUCAAUGAUGUCAUUUCUGACCUUGACCAAGAUAAACUUAUGGUAUUACAUCAGAUAUUUGAAUAAAUAAUUUAACUUCUCAAAAAAUUAUAUUUAUUAAUUGUUUCUGUAAAUUUGAUGUUUUAAAUUUAUUUUUUGAUAACGUUAAAUUAUGGUUGUUUCUGCUUCAAUAUGUUAUUGUGACAUGUUUCUCUUUUAUUGUACACAAACUGUAUGUUAUUGCCAACAAAACUGCUCAUUAAAUUUUAUGCAUGUUCCUAUA